AUGGCUUUGGUAAGGGACCUACGGCCACUGCAAGUAGUCUCCAUUAUCUUCUUCGUGAGAAUCCUGUCAGUCUUCUUAGUACAAACAUGGUAUGUGCCAGAUGAAUACUGGCAGAGCCUGGAAGUGGCUCAUAAGCAAGUUUUUGGUUAUGGAGCACUCACUUGGGAGUGGCGAAAGGGCAUAAGGAGUUACUUAUAUCCCAGUAUAUUUGCUGCACUGUAUACUGUUCUCAAAAUUACCGGAUUGGAUUACCCUGAAGCUGUGGUUUUACUUCCUCGUUUGUUCCAAGCUGCUGUCAGCACUGCAGCAGAUUACAGCUUUUAUAAAUGGACAGGAGGCCGAAAAUGGGCUUUAUUCCUAAUCCUGACACCGUCAUUUUGGUUUUACACAUCAGGAAGAACUCUUUUGCAAACCAUGGAAACUGCCUUUGUUGCUAUUGCCUUAUCAGUAUUUCCAUUUAAAGAUGGAAAGCUUGGUUAUUAUGAGAAAGAAAGUAAUAAAUGGGUUUGGCUGGCCUGUGUAUCGACCUUCCUGCGUCCUACAUCUGCACCAAUUUGGUUGGUGUUGGCCAUCUACAACAUAAUGACCACAAAUCAAGAAAAAUUUAAGUUAUUGACACAUACAUAUAUUCCUAUUGGAUUUCUUGUUGGUGGGGCGCUGGUGGCUUUGGAUUCUUAUUUCUAUGGCAAACUAAUAAUUACUCCAUGGGAAUUCUUUAAAUUCAAUGUUCUGCAAGAUGUUGCUUCCUUCUAUGGAACACACCCUUGGUAUUGGUACAUCACAAUUGGCUUACCAGUUGUACUGGGCAUCAACAUUAUACCAGUUUCGUGGGCCAUCUAUAACAUUCUGAACCGACGAAAAGAAAAUAAGACUGGCUUGUUACUAUUGGCCGUGGUCAUAUUGCACAUAGCUGUUCACAGCUACAUACAGCACAAAGAGUUUAGAUUUGUUCUGCCACUUCUGCCAAUUUUUAUGUAUUUGGCACAAGCUGUGAUCGUUCCAUGGAGCAGGAAGGCUGAGAAAUGGCAGUUAUAUUUGGUUGCUGGUACUUUACUUCUGGGAAAUGCGGUGCCAAGUGCUUACCUUGGGCUAAUUCAUCAAAGUGGGACUGUCAAAGUGAUGCCAUUGCUGAGGGAAGCUGUCUCAAACAAUAAUGGGUCUUCAAUUUUGUUCAUGAUGCCAUGCCACUCUACACCGCUAUACAGCCAUCUGCACAUGAAUGUGACAACACGGUACCUGAACUGCGAUCCGCCAACGGUCCCCGGCGAGACGUACGAAUCGGAGGCGUUCUACAAUAACCCACUACGCUGGUGGCGUAACGAGUACAGCGCCCGACAGACUCCGACUUUGAUCGUAAUGUUCGACGUGUUGAAGGGGCGUGUGGAGUCAUUGUUGCAGGGAUACAAGUUAAUUCACGAACUACCUCAUACUCAGCAUCCUAAAGAUGAAGUUGGGGGAAAAGUGCUAGUGUAUCAGAAGAUGAAUACACAAGAGAAGCAGCAGGCAUACGAGGGUGUUUAA